CCCUGAGCGUUGCAUGAAGGAGGGGCAGGAAUGCAGUUUACAUUAACCCUCUAGGAGGGUUAAAAUAUAGUUACAUAUAUAUAUAUAUACACACACAUGCUCGGGGGGGUAAGAUAGAUAUAUAUAUAUAUAUAUAUAUGCAUAAGAAAAAAAAAAAAGGGUGCAUUUUUCUUUUUAACCUGUGAGUCAGGUGAAAGCAAAGGGCUGUUGGAGAAGAGCAGAGAGACUGUGGGGAGUUGGGGAGGGCGGAUGCUGAGCCCAGGGACUGGCGUUGGAAGGGAACUGGGGAUGUGAAGGGACUGGGGAGGGUACCAGAGGGAGCGAUGGAGGAGCCCCUUGAGAAGGAUUCACGUCUGGAGUGUGCAACGUUGAGAAAUGUGAUAGGAAAAGGGUGCUUGGGUGUGAUGCAGUUCUGUGGGUGCGCUGGGGACAUUGUCCGGGGCUGAGCUCCUGUUCUGGUGCAAUUUUGGUAGGGAGAGAGGCUCCCCAGGCCCCGGUAGAGGCUACAGGAAAGUCUUCAAAUGAUAUCCAACAGGUUGGCUUAGUGCUGUGGCGCUGCCGCUCUGCUCUGGAGAGGGCUGAGAGCUCCCUUUCUGGCUUUGCCCCAAGUCUGGCUCUUCCUCCCAAAGCUGGGAUGCUCCAUCUCAUCCUCCCCGAGGAAGAGACUGGAGGAUUUCCUUGGGAAUCUCUCCUUUUUUUCUCUCCUUUAUCGAAAGGCGUUUGCUAGGGAGGGCUUCACCUGCUCGGCUGGGCUCGGGGCGGGGGCAGGAGGAGAGGAAAAGUGACCUCCAGGAGCAUCUCUUCCCAGGAGGAGAUGGCGUUGGCAUGGAAGGGGCUCUCCAUGCCAUCCUCUCUGCUCCUUCCAACCUCCGAGGGAGCGGAGGGCUAACAACGCAGCCUCCCGGGGAACAGAUUGCGCAGGAAUUAAUGUCAGCUCUGGAAGGGUUGAUUUUUUUUUUAUUUUUUUUUUCUGGGGGUGGUGCACUGUUUGUCUCAUUUACACUUUCCAGUCGUGCUGCGAUACCCACCACGACAAACCUGGCUGAGAGGAUGAGGAGGCCUUUCCCAGGGAGCUGCUGAGAAGCUCUUCUUCUAUCCGCGCUCCUGGGGACGCUCAGGCUUAUCCGCUGCCUGCAAGAGGAAAUAGUUAUGGUAUAAAAGGUGCAAAUUUGAGGCGCGGUGGCUGUUCUGGUUCACUUCCCUGUGCAGACCAGUUCCUUGGCUGGUGUUUGUGGUGAGUGGAGAAGAACUGGGGGCCCUGGCGGCAGCACCUCUGUGGCUAUUUGGGCCUGAAUUGCUUUUUCAGAGGAGGCCACGCAGCAUCCCAGGCUCUGUGUGUGUUGGGUGCAGUGGUUUAUUGGCUGGAAAACUUGUGCUAUCAUCAGGAAAACUGAGUUCACAUCAAAUAGGUCCAAGAAGAGAUGGUUGACAUUGUUGGGGUCUCACGAGUGACCCUGUGCUUGGGUGAGGAGGGACAGGGGUAGUGGAGAAACUCGCUGAAAAACAAAUAUUCUCCUGGUUUUGCUUCUGGACAACUCUGUAAAUGUCUCCGUCUGGAUUUGUUUUCCUUAAUGUUUCCCCCCCCUCCUCCAGAAUGCCCCUCUUCCAGUGGAAAGCCUAAUCACGCAGAUAUCCUGCUUGUAAACUUACAGUAUGUCUCAGAAGUGGAAAUAAUUAAUGACCGCACGGAAACGCCUCCUCCUUUAGCUUCACUCAAUGUUAGCAAGCUUGCCAACAAAGCGCGGACGGAGAAGGAGGAGAAGAUGAGCCAGGCGUAUGCAAUUAGUGCUGGUGUCUCUCUGGAGGGGCAGCAGCUCUUCCAGACUAUACAUAAGACCAUUAAAGACUGUAAAUGGCAGGAGAAGAACAUAGUUGUGAUGGAAGAAGUCGUUAUCGCCCCCCCUUAUCAAGUGGAAAACUGUAAAGGCAAAGAAGGAAGCGCCCUGAGUCACGUACGCAAAAUAGUGAGUACUUGGGGGGGGGUUCUGGUGGCCCUGGGGACACCGGGCCCACCCUGGCUCGGGCCUGGGGGGUGA